AAAUCGACCUCUAUCGCAAGUGAGAACUGUCCAUAGUGCACACGAUCAUGGCAGUCAAGAUACUCAGUUUGGAUGUGAAAGACAUACGUUUUCCAACAUCACUGCAAAACGAUGGAUCUGAUGCUAUGCACACAGAUCCAGACUAUUCCUGUGCAUAUGUAACACUUGCAACAGAUAGUGAGCAUUCAGGUUUUGGUCACACAUUCACCAUUGGAAGAGGCACUGAAAUAGUUUGUGAAGCUGUCGAGAUUCUCUCACGGUUUGUGGUUGGCCAGGUUGCUCAGGAUAUCUUUGACAAUUUCGGUGAAUUUUACCGAAAGAUCACAAACGACACACAACUGAGAUGGAUUGGGCCAGAAAAAGGAGUGGUGCAUCUGGCAGCAGCAGCUGUCCUCAAUGCUCUCUGGGACUUGUGGGGCAAGAUGGAGAACAAGCCAGUGUGGAAGUUGUUAGUUGACAUGGAGCCAGAGAAAUUGGUGUCUUUGAUUGACUUCAGAUGGCUUUCAGAUUCAUUAACAAAAGAAGAAGCUUUAGAGCUCUUGAGGAAAGGACAAGAUGGUAAACAGGAAAGAGAGGAUGAGAUGAGACGGGAUGGUUACCCAGCAUACACGACGUCUGCUGGUUGGCUUGGUUACAACGAUGACAAGAUCAGACAGCUCCUGAGGGACGCGCAAGCUGAUGGUUUCAAAAGAUUCAAGUUCAAGGUCGGAGCCAAUUUGGAAGAAGACAUCAGACGCCUGCGUAUUGUAAGAGAUGAAAUAGGAUACGAUAUACCUAUGAUGACCGAUGCCAAUCAGAGAUGGGAUGUCGAUGAGGCCAUACACUGGAUGAAGCAACUUGCUGAAUUUAAACCAUUAUGGAUUGAAGAACCAACCAGUCCAGACGACGUGCUAGGUCAUCUUGAAAUAGCCAAGGCUUUAAAUCCACUUGGCAUCAAGGUUGCCACUGGCGAAAUGUGCCAAAACAAGGUGAUGUUCAAACAGUUCUUGAAGUCGGGUGCAAUGCAGUUCUGCCAGAUAGAUUCCUGCCGUGUUGCCAGUGUCAAUGAAAACCUCGCCAUUAUGUUGAUGGCUCAAAAGUACAAUGUCCCUGUUUGUCCACACGCCGGAGGUGUUGGUCUCUGUGAGCUGGUACAGCAUCUCUCGUUUUUUUACUACAUAUGCAUCAGUAGGACUCUAGAAAACAGAAUGACAGAGUUUGCCAACCAUCUUCAUGAACACUACAAAGACCCUGUGGUAAUAAAGAAUUCCGCCUACCAAAUGCCUUUGGUGCCUGGUUAUAGUGGUGAGAUGUUUGAGGACUCUGCGAGACAGUAUGAGUACCCGAAUGGACCCGUAUGGCAGAAAUUGUUUCAAGAGGGAAAGGCUACGCGUCCAGUGAAAUAUUUACAGUUCAUGAGAGACAAUCAGUAGUGCUAAAUCUUGGCAUGCGCGUCCAGUGAAAUAUUUACAGUAAAUGAGAGACAAUUAGCAAUGCUGCAAUAAAACUAUGUGGUAUUAAUUAAACGGUGCUAAGAAUAUCAUUGGUGGUUACAACGAUGCUUAAGUCAGCUUGAUUAGUGAUUAUUGUACUAAGUACAACUGCUACAGAAUUUGUUUUCCCUCUAUUUGAAUAUUCUUUAUGGAAUAAAUGUAAUUAUUUGACAGUGUUAGUUGAGAGGGUGUCCGCACUCAACCUGAUCUUAGAUAUUAACCUUAGUUUAAAUAAAUGGAUG